AUGGAACAAAAGAAGGAUAUCACGAUUUUGCCAGGAGAUCCAGCUGCUCUCGUCGUAGAAACUUCCAAUUUAAGCGGAAAAAUCAAGUUCUCGAGUGGAUGUAUUGUUCAUCCAACCGCAUCGAUCAAAGCCACGAAUGGACCCAUCGAAUUUGGCGAGAGCAAUUUGAUUGAAGAACAAGUCGUAAUCGAAAAUUUAUCUGAGGAUCCGUUGAUUAUUGGGCCAAAUAAUCAUUUCGAAAUUGGCUGUGUGAUUCAUGCUAGCUCCGUUGGGAAAAACAAUGUCUUUGGAGUACGCUCAAUUGUGGAAACGGGCGCCAAAAUCACUGAUGGAUGCUCGAUCGGGCCGAAGUGUUUGGUUAAGCCGUUUGAGAAGUUAAGCCCAAGAACGGUGCUAUGUGGAAAUUUGAAUUGCGAAAGAAGGUCCAAUGAUGAUCCACCGAGCAUCGCUUCUCAAAUGGAUCACCUGCGACUUGUAAUACCGAAAUACAAUAAAAUAAUUAAG